CAGGGGCGGACUGACCAUUUGUAAACUCGGGCACUGCCCGAGGGCCCGGGGUCAGUAGGGGGCCCCAUGAGAUGCCCCUGGUACUUUUUCAUAGGCUUUUAUGAGUUUGGAACACAGGGGCCCCAUGAUCCCCUAAUGCCCGGGGGGCCCCAUGAGUUGUCAGUCCGCCCCUGUUUGGUAUCCUCAUGAUGCUUUUCUUGACCGUCACUUAAUUGUGGGGUCACAUAAGUCUGGUAAGAGGCAGUAUUUUUUGAGGUGCUGGUGCUUUUUUGGGUGUGGUUUGAGUGUGGGUGAGGACACAGGGGCCCCAUGAUCCCCUAUUGCCCGGGGACCCCAU